AGAAGGAACAAAAAUGGUUUUGUUGUGUUGUCCGUGAAGUGUCAAAGUAUUUCUACAACAAACCUACGCCCUACUUACUAAGUUUUUAAAGCAUAAUAUGUUUUAUGUAAAUUUAAAAUAACAAUCUAUUUUAAAAUGUCUGUCGUUAUAGAAACUACGCUUGGAGACAUUACAGUAGAUUUAUACUUGGACCAAAGACCUGUAACAUGUCUCAACUUUUUAAAGUUAUGCAAGAUGAAAUUCUACAAUUUCAACCUCUUUCACUCUAUACGAAGUGGAUUUAUUGCUCAAACUGGAGAUCCAACUGGCGAAGGGUCGGGAGGUCAGUCUAUCUUUGGAUUACUAGAAGGUCCUGAUAAACGAUUUUUUUCUGGGGAGAAAAUGCCGAAGAUACGGCAUACUAAUGCAGGUCUGUUAUCCAUGGUGUGUACAGGAGACAUGAUGGUAGGAUCACAGUUCUUUUUCACUCUAGCCCCCGAUCUAGACUCAUUAAAUGCUAUGCACUGCGUCAUAGGAGAAGUAACUGAGGGCCACGAUGUUUUAAGAAAACUCAAUGAAGUCAUAUGUGAUGAGACUCACCGCCCAUAUCAAGAUGUAAGAAUUACACAUACUGUUGUUUUGGAGGACCCAUUCAAUGAUCCUAAAGGUUUUAGAGCACCAUCAAGAUCUCCUUCUCCAAGUGCUGAACGUUUGAAAGGUGGUAGAAUAGCUCCUGAUGAGGAAAUAGAUGAAACACAAGGCAAAAGUGCUGCAGAAAUACAAGAACUCAUAGAAGAGAAGGAAGCAAAAGCUAGAGCAACUAUUUUAGAAAUAGUCGGUGACUUACCUGAUGCUGAUAUUGCUCCGCCUGAAAAUGUACUAUUUGUAUGUAAGCUCAAUCCUGUCACAACUGACGAAGACUUAGAAAUAAUAUUUAGUAGGUUUGGUAAGAUUGUAAAUUGUGAAGUAAUAAGAGAUAAAAAGACUGGAGAUUCUUUACAGUAUGCAUUUAUAGAAUUUGCUGAUAAAAAGUAUUGUGAAGAAGCCUAUUUCAAAAUGGAUAAUGUAUUAAUUGAUGACAGACGCAUUCAUGUGGAUUUCUCACAAUCUGUUUCUAAAAUGAGAUGGCUAGGGAAAGGAAGAGGUGUGAAAUAUUUUAAUGAUGAAGAAAUAAAAAAUAAUCAUAACAAGAUACAAGUAAGUCGACCAGAGAGAAAAGAUAGAAGAGAAAGAGAUAGGAGUUACAGCAAAGAUAAGCAAUUAAGUGAUAGAAACAAAAGAUAUGAUAGUGAAAGGAGAAAGAAUGGUACUGAUAAGCACAAUGAGAAUAGACAUGCAUCAGAUAGAGAGUUACAAAGUCAUAGGAGGAGGAGCAGGAGCAGAUCUAGGCAAGAAAGAUCUAGAAUGAAUAAACUUAGACAGGACCAUAAUAAUUCACGAGAUCAUGGCAACUAUUCUAAACGUAAAUACCUUGAUGAUUCACAUAGGAAUAAUGAUUUUAAAGAUAGAGAAAUUAGAACUGAUAACCAUAAAUCGAAACCUUUAAAAUCCAAUAAGUCACCUUAUAGGGAAAACAAUGACAAUCAUGAAAGAAGAAAAAAUCAUGACUACACUAACAAUAAUGAAAAGGAUACAAAAGAAUCACAAAAUAAAUUAAAGCGUAAGCAAGUUGAAGACACAGAUUCACAUCCAAAUCAUAAAAGAGCCAAAAAGCAUAAAAAUGUAGAACCACAUACCCCAUCCCCUGUUUCUAAAAAUAAAAAAGAAACAAUUAUGAAGGGAAAAAUAAAGAAGAUCAAGAGGAAGAGAAAAAGUGAAAAAAGAAGAAGAAAACCAUCUACAUCCUCUUCAGAUAGUGAUUCUUCAGACUCUAGUUCUUCUAGUAGUGAAUCUAGUUCUUCUAGUGAAGACAGAAAAAAAAAGAAAAUUAAAAGACGCAAAAAAAAAUAUUCAUCAUCAAGCAGUAGUGAUUCUAGUGGGUCUUCAUCUAGUACAUCUAGCUCAGAUUCAAGCAGUGAAUCUACAAGUUCUAGCUCAGAUAGUGAACCCAUCAAAAGAAAAAGAAAUAAAAAACACUCGAAAAGACACAUUAAAAGAUCUAAAAAGAAAUCUUAAAAAAGUAUUAAUAUAAUUACACUGCCUUUUUUAUUUGUGAUUUUUCUUACUGCUUAUUUUAUUUAUUUAUAAUUUGUUGUUGAACAACUUUGUUAUAUCGCUCAUGAAUAAAUUACAAAAUAAAAUUCUUAUAAGCUUACAAUGUAUCAGUAUAUCAUGUGUUCUAUUCUAUGUUGCCAUCUAUUUGCAUGUAACUUAUGAACUAUAUUUUUAUGUACAACUAAAUAAGUACUUUAAAACUGUUACCUAAGUUAUGUAUAUAUAUUGUAGUAUUACUGUUGUGCCAGGAAUACAAUUCUAUAUAAGGCUAAUAGACAUGCAAAACAGUUUAUUAUAUGUAUAUAUUUAGUAAAUUCAUGUCUUAAUGGUAAAUUCCAUUGCCAUGGUACAUGGUAGUGGUAUUUGAACACCAAAUUAUAACAUACUAAACAAAUUGGCUAUACCUAAAACUAUUUAUAUUAUAAACAGACAAUGAAUAUAGGACAGUAUAAUUUAUUUAUCUACUUCAGGCAACUUAAUAUUAUUUAUAUAACAAUAUUGGCCCAUUUUAUAUAUACCUUAAGCAUUAAUAUAUAUAGAAAAUAGUGAAGUAUAAAAUAUUAAUAUUGUCUUUGUCACCACACUAACUGUAGCAAUCUGCCACGAUAACGCCGGAUUUCGGCCAGUACUUCAGCCUUGUUUAUACAAAGCAACGUAUAUCAUUGUUGCUCUAUAGAGAUAGUACAAUAAAAUAUCUAUUUUAAGAAUUGAUUGAUCUACCUGAACUGUCUUACAAUUAUGUACAUAUAUUGAAAGUUUAUCUGUACUUAAUAAGUUGAUUAUAUUAUUACAUUUCAUUGCGACAACAGAUUGUUUUCUUUAUAUUUAUUUCGUAAUUAUAAGUGUAAUAGUCAUAACUGAGGUUUUUUUAUAUAUCUAUUAACAUAAUAGAUAUAUAGCCUAUGUCACACUGGAACAAUGUACCUUUUAGACAGUGAAUGAAUUUUUAAGAUGUGUCAAUUAUAGUUUAUAAAUUUAUAUUACAAUCAAAUUAGUAUCGAGUUGCCAACCAUCCUCUUUUACCAGGUCAUGUCCAUGUCAUUAAUCAGCAUCCUUGGGUUUUAAAUUUAAAAAUUUAGUUUUAUAUUUUCAUAUUGCAAAAUAUGUAAGUAUACAUAUCUAAUUUUAUUCAAAUACUUUCAUUACAAAAUAUGUACUUAACUUGUUUUUUUUUUAAUUUGGGUUUGGCAACCCUGGUAUAGGUAAACAUAUAUAAACAAGCGCAUUGUGUGCUUCUAUUUAUAACGAUCACAAAAUAUUUUAUUUAAUCAAAAUAGAAGAUUCAUUGUUUACUUAUAUUUUGACGUCACCUUAAAUCUUCACCAAAUGUGAAGAAUUUAGAUGAUUAUUUUUACUGUUGAUGAAAUUUCCAACCAGGGAGACGUCUUACUAAUUUUGUAAUUUAAAGUCCUAUAUAAUAGUACAUUUGCCUUUAUAAU